AUGGAUCAAGAAAAAGUAUUCUGCCUCGUUAAACACGAGAAAUCUGAGAACGGUCGUGAUUUCUACCAAAUGGGGAAUGUUCAGCUGGAAUCGGCUGCAAACAAGGAUAAGCCUGUUGUAGUUAUAUCCAUUGCUGGAAAAUGCAGAGAAGGGAAAUCCUUCCUGAUGAGCCUCAUCCUACGCUACCUCAAAUGCAAGGAAAAAUGGCUUGAAGACACCGACACUCCUUUGAGAGGAUUCCCUUGGAAAAUGAGUUGUGAGAGUGAAACGUCAGGAAUCAACAUUUGGUCGGAGCUUUUCCCUAUUACGCUGCCUACUGGUGAAGAGAUGUUCACUGAUUACGGGAAGCUGUGCCUUCAGUGUCAAGAAAAACCUUUUCAAAAACUCCUACUUCUUGUGAGGGAUUGGAAGUAUCCUCAUGAGUACCAGUAUGGCAUUGAAGGAGGGAAGAAAUACCUCGACAGACAUAUUCAGACUUCUGGGGAAGAAAAAAACAGUAGCAUACAGGAAUUCCUUCAAUCCUGCUUCCUUGAGACCAGUUGUUACCUUAUGCCACAUCCUGGGACCAUAGUAACAACAGAUCGGAACUUCGACGGUUCCCAGCUGUCUGACAUGGAAAAUGAUUUCACAACUCAGCUGAAGGACCUGGUCCAGAGGUUGAUUUCACCAGAAAACGUGAUAACAAAGAAGAUAGCAGAUCAGACUGUCACACUUGAGACAUUUAUGGAGUAUUGCAGGAUAUUUGUGACAACUUGCAAUGAGCAAGAUAAUAAUUUAUUUCCGGAACAUGGUAUUGUUCAGGUCCAUUUAGAGGUACGUUAUGGGAAAGCUGUCGAAGAAGCAUAUAAUUGGUACAGGGAUGAACUUAACCAGCCCAAGCAUGAAACGAUUUCCAAGAAGAAGCUGAAACUAUAUCGAGAAGAAGCUAUUAAUAAAUUCAGAGAGAAGAAGAUCAGCCCUGAAACGGACAUAAAAUACAAGGAAUAUCUGCAUCAUUUGGAAAAGGCAUGGUAUGAGGAACUCACGUGGGCAUCGCACAUCCUUGUCCUGAAACGAGCUGUCCCAGGCAUCAUCAAGCCGAAAGGAACAGGUGGCAUUGUGUUUGAGUGA